ACGGCGGAGAUGUUGGCGUCGUCGCCGCCCGCGGGGGCUGCCAGUGCCGCCAUCUCGGCCUCGGAGAAAGUGGACGGCUUCACCCGGAAAUCGGUGCGCAAGGCGCUGAGGCAGAAGCGCUCGCAGGGCUCGUCGCAGUUCCGCAGCCAGGGCAGCCCCGUGGAGCUGCAGCCCCUGCCCCAACUCAAAGAUGCCACUUCAAAUGAACAACAAGAACUCUUCUGUCAGAAGUUGCAACAGUGUUGUGUACUGUUUGAUUUCAUGGACUCUGUUUCAGACUUGAAGAGCAAAGAAAUUAAGAGAGCAACACUGAAUGAACUGGUUGAGUAUGUUUCAACUAAUCGUGGUGUAAUUGUUGAAUCAGCGUAUUCUGAUAUAGUAAAAAUGAUCAGUGCAAAUAUCUUCCGUACUCUUCCUCCAAGUGAUAAUCCAGAUUUUGAUCCAGAGGAGGAUGAACCCACACUUGAGGCUUCUUGGCCUCACAUACAAUUGGUGUAUGAAUUCUUCUUAAGAUUUUUGGAAAGCCCUGAUUUCCAGCCUAGCAUUGCAAAGCGAUACAUUGAUCAGAAAUUUGUACAACAGCUCCUGGAACUUUUUGAUAGUGAAGAUCCCAGAGAACAUGACUUCCUGAAGACUGUUCUGCACCGAAUUUAUGGGAAAUUUCUUGGAUUAAGAGCAUUCAUCAGAAAACAAAUUAACAACAUUUUCCUCAGGUUUAUAUAUGAAACAGAACAUUUCAAUGGUGUUGCUGAACUCCUGGAAAUAUUAGGAAGUAUUAUCAAUGGCUUUGCAUUGCCACUGAAAGCAGAACAUAAACAAUUUCUAAUGAAGGUUCUUAUUCCUAUGCAUACUGCAAAAGGAUUAGCUUUGUUUCAUGCUCAGUUAGCCUACUGUGUUGUACAGUUCCUGGAGAAAGAUACAACACUAACAGAACCAGUGACCAGAGGAUUGCUGAAAUUUUGGCCAAAAACAUGCAGCCAGAAAGAGGUGAUGUUUUUAGGAGAAAUUGAAGAAAUCUUAGAUGUCAUUGAACCAACACAGUUCAAAAAAAUUGAAGAGCCCCUUUUUAAGCAAAUAUCUAAGUGUGUAUCCAGUUCUCAUUUUCAGGUUGCAGAAAGGGCGUUGUACUCCUGGAAUAAUGAAUAUAUUCUCAGUUUGAUUGAGGAGAAUAUUGAUAAAAUUCUGCCAAUUAUGUUUGGUAGUUUGUACAAAAUCUCCAAGGAACACUGGAAUCCGACCAUCGUAGCACUGGUCUACAAUGUGCUGAAAACCCUAAUGGAAAUGAAUGGCAAGCUUUUCGAUGAUCUUACUAGUUCAUACAAAGCUGAAAGACAAAGAGAGAAAAAGAAGGAAUUGGAACGUGAAGAAUUAUGGAAAAAAUUAGAGGAGCUAAAACUAAAGAAAGCUCUAGAAAACCAGAACAGUGCUUACAACAUGCACAGUAUUCUCAGCAAUACAAGUAAUGAAUAAAGAGAAACAUGCCACCCCUGUGGGAUAGGCACAGUUUUGUACACUUUUUUAAAAAAUGUAAAAAUCAUGAAACCUCAACAGUAUAAUUAAAAGGUCAAUUUUUUUCUGGCAACUGUAAAUGAAAAAAUAUAUGGACUAAACAUAGCCCUGUGCUAUAUCAUGGCCACAGUAUAUUGUAACAUUUGUCUAAUCAUUGAUUUAUUGUGUCACAUCUGAAGUUUCACAGAAAUGAACUUUAUCAUCUAUAAUAUGAGUGAGAUAAUUAUGGGAGUGGUAAGAAUUAUGACUUGAAUUCUAUUUUGAUUGUGUUGCACAUAGAUAUAGUAGUCUGCUCUGUAUAUUUUUCCCUUUUAUAAUGUGCUUUUCACAUUGCUGCAGACCUUAGUUACAUCCUGGGAAAAAAGUAUUUCCUAAAUAAAACUAAGGUAUAAUCCUUACCUUUCCCUUUGUCCCUCUCAGAAAUAUGAUGGGGGGAAUUACCUGCCAAAAGCCUCUCUUCAUUAGAAAUAUUACUGUACCCUGGAAUUGGAGCAAAAAACUUAAAUCUCCAGGCUUUUUAAAGCACAACUUAUAAAUAAAAGCUAGGAAAGUAAACCAAAUUCUUCAGAUUGCUCCUCAUGAUCCCCCUUAUCUGCAACUCCCCAAUGAUGAGCACAGAUUAGUGGGGGCAGCGCAGGUGAACCCGCAGCCUGCCUCCCAGUUCAUUCCUCUUCCUCCCCUUCCCCACGGCUGAAGGCAGGGCCCUUCCAGCCCUCAGCACCUGCCCUCCUCCAGUCCCUCCUGAUGGGGGCUCCGUGUCCCACAGUGUGGUGACACCAAGUGCUCCUUGCCACUGCCUGGCUUUACUUAAAGGAACUGCAGUUGGCUUCUGUAGCGUUCUAAGAAGGUUGACUAUAGGGGUCUUGUAUGUUUUUACUUGGUCAAGUAUUUCUCAUAAAUUUUGUUAUCAGAGUACCAUUCCAAUCUCUUAACUUGCAGUUGUGUGGAAAACUGUUUUGUAAUGAAAGAUCUUCAUUGGGGGAUUGAGCAGCAUUUAAUAAAGUCUAUGUUUGUAUUUUGCCUUA